UCCCAGCAAGCAGCGCGCCCGGCCCGGCCUCGUCCCUUUUGUGCCAUCCGGGUCUAUCGCGCGAGGUAUUUAGUCUGUGGCGAAGCUUCGGGGAGGCCGGUAUUGUUGAGCGCGGGAGGUGGAGGCGCCGCGUUAGCGGCCGCGAGUCUGAACAUGGCGGCUACUGAUACAGAGCGGGAUGGACUAGCCCCAGAAAAGACAUCACCAGAUAGAGAAAAGAGAAAAGAGCAGUCAGAUGUUUCUCCUAGAGCCUCAAAGCAUCAUUAUUCAAGAUCACGGUCAAGGUCAAGAGAAAGAAAACGAAAGUCAGAUAAUGAAGGAAGAAAACACAGGAGCCGGAGCAGAAGCAAAGAGGCAAGAAGACAUGAAUCCAAAGACAAAUCCUCUAAGAGACACAAGUCUGAGGAACAUAAUGACAAAGAGCAUUCUUCUGAUAAAGGAAGGGAGCGACUGAAUUCAUCUGAAAAUGGUGAGGACAGACACAAGCGUAAAGAACGAAAAUCAUCACGAGGCAGAAGUCACUCAAGAUCCAGAUCACGUGAACGGCGGCAUCGCAGUAGAAGCAGGGAACGGAAGAAGUCUCGGUCCCGGAGUAGGGAUAGAAAGAAGUCUCGAUCCAGGAGCAGAGACAGGAGGAAGUCAAGAUCUAGAAGCAGGGAUAGAAAACGGCGCAUCAGAUCUCGUUCCCGUUCAAGAUCCAGACACAGGCAUAGGACUAGAAGCAGGAGUAGGACAAGAAGUCGAAGUCGAGAUAGAAAGAAGAGAAUAGAAAAACCAAGAAGAUUUAGCAGAAGCCUAAGCCGGACUCCUAGUCCACCUCCCUUCAGAGGCAGAAACACAGCAAUGGAUGCACAAGAGGCUUUAGCUAGGAGAUUGGAAAGGGCAAAGAAAUUACAAGAACAACGAGAAAAGGAAAUGGUUGAAAAACAAAAACAACAAGAAAUGGCUGCAGCAGCUGCGGCCACUGGGGGUUCUGUUCUCAAUGUUGCUGCCCUGUUGGCAUCAGGAACACAGGUGACUCCACAGAUUGCUAUGGCAGCUCAAAUGGCAGCCCUGCAAGCUAAAGCCUUGGCAGAGACCGGAAUAGCUGUGCCCAGCUACUAUAACCCUGCAGCUGUGAACCCAAUGAAAUUUGCUGAGCAAGAGAAAAAACGGAAAAUGCUCUGGCAAGGCAAGAAGGAAGGGGACAAAUCUCAGUCUGCUGAAAUAUGGGAAAAAUUGAAUUUUGGAAACAAGGACCAAAAUGUGAAAUUUAGAAAAUUAAUGGGUAUUAAGAGUGAAGAUGAAGCUGGAUGUAGCUCAGUUGAUGAAGAAAGUUACAAGACCUUGAAGCAGCAAGAAGAAGUUUUUCGGAAUCUUGAUGCUCAGUAUGAAAUGGCACGAUCACAAACCCACACACAAAGAGGAAUGGGUCUGGGUUUCACAUCUUCAAUGCGUGGAAUGGAUACAGUUUAAGAAAGAAAAGAUCACUUUUAAAAGUUUGGGACUUACUUCUUAUUCUGAUGUCAGGUUCACCAAACAGCUAGUAUUCUAGCUUGCAUGGGUGUUGCAUUGACUUUAAU